CCUUGUCAAAGUAAUACCCGCAACAUUCAAAAAUUUUAAGGAAUGGGGAUUUUCGACAUAGUCCAAGAUGAGGUCCCUGUACGAAAUACGCAGCAAAGCUCAAUUAUAAUCGUACCCGAUCCAGGUUUGAUAACCUUCACUCGGUAGUAAUGAUCACAGGGUUUUGUGUAAAGCUAAAGUCUAAAAAUCAGGAAAAAGUGUUUGUGAACAUAUGUACCUCUGAUAAAGUCCCAGUUCCGAAGGAUCUAAGUGAAGAGGAAUUAAGAUCAAUCCUUAAUGAUAUUGACAAUUCCCCACCCUUCAAAGUCCCAAUGUGCAUAGGAGAACCUCACGCUGAGACUGACUCAGGUACUAUUUUCAUACCUUGGUUCCUUCAAAUCCCUUUUGCUUUCUAUCUAUAGGAUUAUUCAUCCAGACGAGAUCCUAAUAUUCGAUCCCAAGAAAUUCUGCGUUCAUUAUUACCGAACAGAUCGCUUCAUACUUUUGCAUUCAGUGUUACUAAAAGUUAAUGGCAUAAUAGAAUUUUCGGAAUUUAAAGGUUUUACCACGACGAUUUUGAUGUUGCAAACUCAGGUAUCGCCUGGACACCACCGAACUCAGAAAGGCUGUACCGCUUAUGAUGUAAUAAUCAACCCACAAUUCUACCAAAAAGUCAAAUCAUCAGAGUUGUUUGAGGCAUUUUUGAUGACAGUGAUAUUCGAAGGCUUGGAAAAUAAGUAUGGCAUCGAACUUGAAAGAAGUUGGAUUGUUUUAAAGAAUAAGAAAUGUAUGGGUAAACCACAAGAACAAUGUAUUCGAACUUCUAGUCGUCCCGCGAUUAUUGAAAUGAAUGAUUCUCAACCACCCAAACCAAAAGUGAUAGAGUUACCUGAUCCACCUUUUAAAGGUGAUACUCCCAAGUAUGAAAUAUUAAAGGUUAAGGAUGAUGUUAGUGGAGAAGUGCGUUGCUUAAUUGCACGAAUAAUCAUGCCAAAGCUGAUAUUAACAGUCACAAUGCCGGUGUCAACUGUUCAGGGAUGA